CAACAAUAGUUAGAAAAAGUAGUUUUAGGUGGAACGAAUUGGCCAGGUGUUGAGCUGUGUGUUGGCGUUGUGUCCAGUCAAAGUUGUACUUGAACUCUGAAAGCAGAGAGCGAGAGGAGAGGAGAGACCGCCCGCCGUGGGUUUUUAGCUUUUGGGUUGGAUAAUUUGCCCUUUGGUUAUUAAAUUUGUGUUGUUUUUACUUGAUUCUUUCUACUAAUAAAAUAACAGUAACAAGUUGUUUUGAAAAUUCCACCGGCAAAGGCCCGAUUCUUCACAUCUGUACUUGCCAUGAACGAACGUUACUUUCUAUGUUUGCUGGAUAAGAUCUCUUAGCUCUUUAUUUAUUCAUCUCUCACUCUCCAGAACCAGCAUUGUCAAUUUAAGCCUUAAAAUAAUCCCUACUACGACGACGUCGUUCCGGUGGACUUUAUCUCCUUUCAUUGCUUCUUUCGCCUCUUCAAUCACUCCCGCACAGACGCAGACGGUAGAAUCAAUAUAAGGUAGAUGGAAGACACUGAAAUGCGGGAGCAAGAUUUGGCGAAUAGUUCAGAUGCCAACCUUGUUGAUGCUAGUGUUCAACAGCGGGACUCUCUUGAAAAUGGUCAUGCGCCAUCUCCAGAGACUACUGAGGAUAAGACUGUGACUUUGCCUUCUGAUCAACAAAUGUUGACUGAUGAGCCUGAUGGUAAAGUUGCAAUUACUGCUGAUUCAAAUGCAAAUGCAGAUAAUGCUACUAAUGAGCUGCCUGAGAGUAAAAGCGAAGGUGAUGAUACCCAUGUAGAAAAUGAUCUAAAAACUGAGACUUCUCUUACUCCUCUUCCGCAAGGAGAAUAUUCAACUUCUGAAGCUCAAGAUGGAAAUGUGAGGAAAUCCAAGAAUUGGUUGAAUGAAACUGAGAUGGGAGGGGCUGAUGGUUCGCCAGAGGAGCAAGCAGAAUUCAUGAAGGAGGUGGAAAGUUUCUAUAGGGAGAAUGCCCUGGAAUUCAAAGCCCCAAAGUUUUAUGGAGAACUACUAAACUGCCUCAAGUUAUGGAGGGCAGUUGUUAGAUUGGGUGGCUAUGAAGUGGUGACAGCAUCCAAGUUGUGGCGGCAAGUAGGAGAAUCUUUUCACCCCCCAAAGACUUGCACGACUGUGUCUUGGACAUUCCGCAUUUUCUAUGAGAAGGCACUAUUAGAAUAUGAGAAGCAUAAGAGGUUAAUCGGUGAGCUUCAACUCCCCACUUCAUCUUUCUCUCAACCUGCAAGUGCUGAAAAGGAGGUAAGUGGCUACCAGACUCCAGGAUCAGGUAGAGCACGUAGGGAUGCUGCGGCUCGUGCUAUGCAGGGUUGGCAUGCUCAGCGUCUUCUUGGAUAUGGUGAAGUUGCUGAGCCAAUCAUUAAGGAGAAAAGUUUAAAUUCUACAGCAAGGCGUGAAAAACAUCUCAAGAAUAUUGGUUUCCCUAAAAACAGGAUACCAACAAACUUAGAUCAUGCUGAGAAACAUGCACAUGCAGAAGCAGAUAAGCAGUUACGAUUAGUGAUCAUUUCUCUACUGGUCACGGAUAUUGUUGAUAUUGGACCUCCGGCUGAUUGGGUGAAGAUCAGUGUGCGGGAGACAAGGGAUUGCUAUGAGAUAUAUGUUCUGGUUCCUGGGCUUCUGCGGGAGGAGGUGCGAGUUCAAUCAGAUCCUGCUGGACGUCUGGUUAUAACUGGACAACCAGAACAAGUGGACAAUCCUUGGGGUAUCACACCAUUUAGAAAGGUCGUGAGCUUACCCGGAAGAAUCGAUCCUCUACGUACAUCUGCUGUUGUUAGUCUGCAUGGCCGACUUCUCAUACGUGUCCCUUUUGAGCAAGGAUCGGCAUGAACUUAUUUUCACACUUUCUUGAGCCAUGCUAUCAUUCUUUCUUGUAGGAAACUAUUAAGUUUAGGGAGAAACCAUUGCUAAAAGGCCAGGAUUGGAACUAUGUGAACUGGUUGACUGAAUUCCCUUAUUUAUUUAUUUUUCUUUUUCUCCUUCCUUUGCCUUGUUGAAAUCAAUUGAAAUUAUUAAAUUGUUAUCAAGGCAGUCUUUUUCAUGUGUAUCAUACUGAUUAGUUUUGGAGGACCGGUGAAUAAUGAUUGGCCGGAAGAAUUUUAUAUGCAGUCAUCGCUGUAAGUUACGGUUAGCUGAAUACAUCUUUUGUUCUGAUAAAAUUUAAU